AGAAUUGUUUAAAAAGCCGGUGGCUCUUCCUCGUUGAGACUUCUUUUGUUUUCUCUCGAUUCCACUCGUAUCUCUUCUAUUGCAUCACUCAUACAUAACCAACCAUCGUCUAUAUCCAUCCACUCUCUGGAUAUCUAUCUGUUGCCCUCCCCUCAUCUCCAUUAUAAUUCCUCUUGCAUUACACGUCCUUUUUCACACUAGGGACAGCUUCAGCUCUCAAACACCAAAUCUAUUGCCGAGCUUCCCGUUCUACCCCUCCACUGUACCUUCAAGGCUGCGGCUUGCCGUCAUCGUCACUGUAGCUCUAACCCACUAAAACGCCAUAUCCAAACGCGCGCCACGCAUACCAAACACAACACGAAAGCAAGAAAAAACCGGCUGCUACCGUUUUCCCUUUUUGGCCUAUUACAUUAAACUUUGUGUGAUAUCUGCUAUAUCAAGAGCUACCCCUCUUCCUCUUCCAUCAUGAGUCUCGUACAACAUUCAGAAAGUGAGGCUGCCUCACCUGUUCCCAUCAUCGAGACAGACGAUCAAGGAAGACCUGUCAAGACAAGUACAAACGGUUAUUUCCCCUCCAACGGCCAACAUCUUCCCUCUUCUGCCAACGGAACUGUUACACCUUCUUUCAUCGACAACAUGUCUCAUCUCUCCGUUGUCCGUGCCAGAGACGACUCUGAUGCUGUGUCUGUUCGCUCCACGAGCUCUCGUACCUCGAGAAAGCCUCAGAUGCAGCUUGCGAGCUACCAGGAUGAGUUCACCACCAGCGUUUACGGCUCUCGCUUUGCGGGCAUGGACCUCCCCAAGCAUCAUAUGCCAGAGAAUGAGAUGCCCCGCGACAUUGCUUAUCGCAUGAUCAAGGAUGAUCUGAGUCUUGACAACAACCCCAUGCUCAACUUGGCAUCUUUUGUCACUACUUACAUGGAAGAUGAGGCUGAAAAGCUCAUGGCGGAGUCCUUCUCCAAAAACUUCAUCGAUUACGAGGAGUACCCUCAAUCCGCCGACAUUCAGAACCGUUGUGUCAACAUGAUCGGCGAUCUCUUCCACGCGCCUCCUGGCGAAUCAGUCGGUACAUCUACUGUUGGCUCAUCAGAAGCCAUCAUGCUUGGCGUUCUUGCCAUGAAGAAGCGCUGGAAGCUCCGCAGACAAGCUGAGGGAAAGAGCACCGAGCAUCCCAACAUUGUCAUGUCCUCUGCUGUGCAGGUUUGUUGGGAAAAGGCCACUCGUUAUUUCGAGGUUGAAGAGAAGCUCGUCUACUGCACACCUGAUCGAUUCGUCAUGGAUCCUGAUCAGGCUGUUGAUCUGUGUGAUGAGAACACUAUUGGCAUGUGCGCUAUUCUCGGAACUACUUAUACUGGUGAGUACGAGGAUAUUAAGGCCAUUAAUGAUCUCCUCAUUGAGCGAAAUCUCGAUGUUCCUAUCCACGUUGAUGCCGCCAGUGGUGGUUUCGUCGCACCCUUCGUCGUCCCUGACCUAGAGUGGGAUUUCCGAUGUGAAAAGGUCGUUUCCAUCAAUGUGUCAGGUCACAAGUACGGUCUUGUGUAUCCUGGUGUUGGCUGGGUCAUCUGGCGAUCUCCCGAGUAUCUCCCUCAAGAACUCGUCUUCAACAUCAACUACCUCGGAGCCGACCAAUCCUCUUUCACUCUUAACUUCUCCAAGGGUGCAUCGCAGGUCAUUGGCCAAUACUACCAGCUCAUCCGUCUCGGAAAGCAUGGUUACCGUGCUAUCAUGAGCAACCUCACCCGUACUGCCGACUACCUGACAGAAACCCUCGAGAAUCUGGGUUUCGUCAUCAUGUCGGAACGUUCUGGAGCUGGUCUCCCCCUCGUUGCCUUCCGCUUCAAGACUGUUGAAGAGGGCGGUGAUCCUGAUCGCUACUACGAUGAGUUUGCUCUCGCUCACCACCUCCGUUCUCGAGGUUGGGUCGUUCCAGCUUACACCAUGGCUCCCAACUCUGGUGUCAAGAUGCUGCGUGUCGUUGUCCGAGAGGACUUCACAAAGAGUCGAUGUGACCAGCUCAUCUGCGAUGUCAAGCUGUGCCACGGUCUUCUCAUGGAGACGGAUCAGGAGUCCAUCAAGAAGCGUGAGGAGUAUAUUAGGAAUCACAUUUCUGCCAUGGGUCGUGGAAAGCAUGCCCACCCUGUUUACAAGGGCGAGUCGCAUUCUCUCCAGGGCAAGACUGGCAAGACACAUGCAAUUUGCUAGAUAGCAUAGACGGGAUAUAGGAUAUUGGGGAUGGUUGGCGUUGAGCGUGUCAUGAUGUACUUUUUAUAUAUGCGGACACAGGCCAUCAAUUGAUGUUAGAUCUAC